CACAGCUCGCGCCAAAUUAUUUUUGAUAUUGGGUAGGCAGGCCUAUUUUUUUGUAUUCACUCACACUGUAACUUGUAACAAUUUAAUUAACAAAUUAAGUGUAAAGUCAAAGUGUAAAUUGUAGGCCAAGUCAUAGUCUAUCUUUUUUUUCUCUCAUGGCGUGGGUAUCAGUAAUAUCACUUGCUUUAGUCGCUGAUGCACUACAGCAGUGGACACUAUUCACUAGCAAUGACACUGACACUGUCUUCAAUAAAUGGUACUUGAACAUUCUAACCUUUAAAAAUAAUAUAAUAAUAAUUGUAGUUGUAGUAAUAAGUAAUUGAAAUAUAACAAAGUGGUUAUGCCAUGCGCAGCCGACUGCGAAUAACCCUGAGAGUUAUACGCAGUCGGCAAGUCACGUGAGGUCUAUAUUCUUCCUGUGUUAUAUUAUCCAUCGAUAAAGAUGCUUCGUUAUCAGGGUGGCUGUGUGGUGGAAUGGUAUAAACUGAGCGAACCUCAUGUUGGGGUCAGGAGUUCUCAGCAAAUGCCAAUCGUGAAUGUGUUAUUAAGUUAGUAAGUUAAGUUUGUUCUCGAGAAUGAAGCUAGGGAUUUUGUUUAACUUUUGUUGUGGCUUAAAAAAUGUUAAAACAUGAUAAGAAUUAUUAACUUGACUAAUGUAAUGUUAAUAAUGUUAUUCUUAUGAUUAUCAUAAUAUAUGUUUGUGUUGUUAACAUAUUUUUUUGUGUUGUUAACUAAUGUUGUGGCAGAUAAAAUCAUGUUUCUCUGGUACAGUAAUAUAAUCAGGAGUGGUCAGUGGAGAGUAGCAGAAACAAAUAGCUGUAGGGGCAGGGGGUUCUGCACUUUAAUUAAUACUUUCACACAGUUAUAGUUUUGCAUGGAAGCUGAAAACUGUUACAUUUAGGUUACCAAAUAAAAAAAUUAAUGAUAUAAUUUUUUAAAAAAAUUAAUAGAAUGUAUUUCCUGAAUUAGUCAGUAAAACCAACCACAUGACAUGGUCAUAGCAACAUAUAAAAACCUAAUCAAUCAGAAUACAGAACUAGACUUGGACCAUGGAAAUGGCUUUUAAAAAAUCAUCUUCUUAGGCUUAGACUUAGACUCUAAAGUCUAAGAAAUGUAGACUUUGACUUAGACUUAUAAUUAUAACAUAUAAGAUACAAGCAAUAAUACUAAUAAUAGCACUAAUACUAAUACUAUUACUAUCAUUCAAUAUUAAUUAAAAUUAAUUCAAUUAAAAUUUUACGUUAAACACAUUCAAAGUUCUAGUUCAAAACAACCCAUCAUGCAGCUAAUUAUGCAUACUUUUUUAAAAAUUGCCAAACUAGCGGUAAUAAACCUUAUUUGGCUAAUUCCCAGCCGACUGCGUAUAACCCUAAGUUAUACGCAGUCGGCUGGGAAUAACUCGCAGGGUUAUGCGCAGUCGACUGUGUAUAACUCUCAGGGUUAUGCGCAGCCGACUGUGUAUAACGCUUCUCUAUUUAUAAUCCAUACCAUAUUAUAGCCGUUAACCUAUUGACUUGGUGACUUAGCCUACUUUACUAUUUAGUCCUACUAUUGAAUUUGUAAAUAUUUUAAUAUCAUAAUAUCAGUAUUAACUAUUACUAUUAGAAUUAGUCUUGAUUAAGACAUUCUUGUUUUUCCCAAGACCAAGUUGCCCUUCUAAAUCCCACCCAUGCACAUACCUACCUGGGUAAAUGGUUGUCUUAUUUUACAUGUUACAUAUAUUGUUCUAGGUAUUUUUUGUGUGUGGGUGUUUGUUUUUUUUAUGUUUGCCUAUUCAUGAUGUGCUAAAUUAUAACUUUUGUAUUUCAGUUCAAUAGUGCUGGGUACAUAAUUCAUAUUUUCCAAGUAUGAUGGAGGGUGACAGCCUUCUAGAUUCAACGUCUGAAGACCAUGCACACACAUUUAACAGUUGGAUAAAAUGUAGAGACCAACAGAUUAAAUUAUUACUCUCAUUAUUUGGCAAGGUAAGAGAGUCCUUGCUUAAAUAUAUUCACAUGAAAUCAAAAGAUGUGAUUUUUUUUGAUUGUCUUGAUAUCAUUCUAAAUUGAUAAGAAUUGUACAGGAUAUUAACUAUACAGAAAAACAUUAUUUUAAUGCUUAUGUAGCUGCAUCUUAGACACUGACCAUGUCACACAAAAAUUAAAACCAGUAGGAAAAAAGAGAUAAAUAUAAUAAUAGUAGGAACAGAAACUUGAACAUAUCUGUAAUGAUAAAAAUUUAAUGAAAUCAUUCAGAUUCACACAAUUUCCGAGAUUCUAUUUAAAACUAGAUUUAAAUCCAAUAUGUAUGUAGAACUAUAAGUUUUUGAUUUCCAAAAACUAAUUGAUGGUUUCAAAAAAAAGACUUAUCCAUCAAAAUAGUAGUUUAACAGGUUACCAUGUAAAUGCUAAUUAAUUGGUGCAACUAUAAUUGUAUGUGUUUAAAUGGUUUGUAGUCCUACUAAGAGAAAUGUCCAAUAAUGUUUAUUUCAUAUAUUUUCAGAGACAACACAUGACCCCUGGCUCACUGUUCAUUUAUGGCCACACUGGAACAGGAAAAUCUCUUGUUGUUCAGACGUUGCUUUCAAAGAACAAGGCUUGUAUAUUUUUAUUUUCUGAUGAGACAUUUUAACAAAAUGGAAAAUACUGUUAAAAGAAAUUGAAUAAUCACUAUGUCUAUUUGAUUGUAAACAUAUGAGGCUAGACAGCUUUACUUAAAAGUCUUCACAAUUUUAAAUAAUCCAUUUCUAAUCAACUUAUAUAAAGAACCUUUUUUUAAACUCUUAAGGCGUGCAUUAAUUGAAGACUUACUUGAAUUUUAAUUUGCUGCAAUAUCUCAAAAAGCCUCUGUUCUGGCCUAUCCUCCAACGUCACCUUUGAAUCUUAUAAAUAUAUAUGAGGGGCCGCAAAAUUUGAAAUUUUUUAAAAGAAAAAAAAGUAACUUUCACAUUCUUUAAUCUGAAUUUGAUACAGUAUUCUAAUUUCAAUUUAAUAAUUAUAUUGAUUCUUUUUAAAUAUGAAUAAAAAUUCACCCUCUCUUUCAGCUACCUUAUAUUUGUAUAAACUGUGUGGAGUGUUCAAGUCCCAGAUUUUUAUUUGAACACAUUCUUAAUAAUAUGCCACAUGUUUCUCAUAACUUUGAUUCACCUAACUCUGCCACAUUUGAUGGCACUGACAAUGAUGAAUAUUUACACUGUGAUGACAUGACAAGUUUUAUUCACCAUUUAGUGAAAAUUGUACAAUCCUCAGACCUAAAGAAUGAAACACUUUACAUAGUAAGUACCUGUAUUAUUUAUCACUGUCUCUUAAAUCUUAAUGCUGAUUGCUUUUUGGAAUGCAGUGGUAAUUUAUAAAUUAAAAUAAUGAGAAAUCAGUUGUUUUUAUACAUGAACAAAAUAUUCAUCUAAUAUUAAAUUCUUAAUUAUUGGCAAGAACAAAAUAAGUAAUAUGUUAUUUCAAAAAUUGUAUAAAGGGUUCUGCUUUGAAUAAAAAAAAAAUAUUUAUUUAUUUAUUUAUUGAGGCAUUUUUUAUAUAGCGCUUACCUUAAAGCUCUAAGCGCUUAAAAACAUGUAAACUAAGUAAAAUAAAAAAUUUUGUAUUGUACAAGAUCAUUGUUAUUAAAAAUUAAUUUGCCUCUAAGGUAUUUGACAAGGCUGAACGGCUUCGGGAUGCACAUACUGUUCUACUGCCAGCAAUAUUGCGUCUUCAAGAACUGGUAAGCUCAUGGUGAAUUAUAUCAAAUUAUGACAAUGUGCAUGGGAGAAAAAAUUAAUUAUGUUUUUUUUUAAAUAAUUUUUAUUAUAAUUUUCAAGAGCUUCUCUCUUUUUUAAAUAACAUUCUUCUAUGUUUAGUCAGGUCUGAACAUCUGUAUUAUCCUGAUAUCAGAAAUUGUGUGGGAAAAAUUUCGCUCUGGAACUGGAUUUUGUGAGCCAUAUAGUAUUCAUUUUCCAGAUUAUAACAAACGUAAGUCAAUUUACAUGAUGUAAAAAAUACAUUUUUUUUAAAGGCAUUCAGUGAUUCAGUCAAAAGCUCCAGCAUUUUUUACACUUUUUGCUGACACCUUAAAUAAAAUGUGUGCAUCAUUCAGUUAAAAGUGAUGCUAUGAGGAAGAUGGGGUAAGGUGGAGAAUGUUGUUCUAGUGAAGAAACCAUAUGAUUUUUUUCACAUUGAGUACAUAAGAAAAAAUUUUGCUGCUUCUGGCAAAGAAAAGGCAUGUUGCAUAUAAUGUUGACUAUUUCAUUUUUCAGAAGAAUUAAAGGAAAUUAUGUGUCUUGAUGGGCCAGCCACAAGUGAGAAAGAUCUUUAUUCAUUGUAUGUCAACAUUGUGCUUUCAGUCUUUCAUAUGGUGUGUCGCGAUCUUAGGGAGCUGCGUCAUGUUGUAAGACCUUUGAUCAAAUAUACCAUUUCUGUAGAUAUAUCUUGUUAUACCAUUUCUGUAGAUAUAUGUUGUUAAUAUAAUAUAUUAAACAGAAAUGAGAACUUAACAAAAAAACACAUUAAUUUUUUUUUACCAGUUACUGUUGUGAUCAACAAUUUUUAAUGCAAAAUCUAACUGUAUUUCCUGUUUUCCAGUUACCUCUUUUUAAAUUCCUUAAUUUUGCAUUGUCUUUCCAGGCUCGCUUAAAUUAUCCUUAUUUUAUUGAGCCAGUAAACAAAGGGGAAGCCACAGCAGCCAAUGCUAAGAAGUUGUGGAGAAAUAUUGAGCCCCAUUUAAAGAUAGCUCUGAAGAGUGUUUAUCUGAGGGAAGUGUCUAGGUAAUUUCUUCGUUGUAAAAUGUUAUUGAAGCAGACAAAAUAUAUAUGCAGCCCCUCGAUGACAAUAAAGAUUUCUAUGUGGCCCUCUGUAGAAAAUGUUUGCCCACCCCCGUCUUAGCAUAUCCAAUGUAAACAAAGUAAAUUUUAAACAAUUCUGGCUUUGAUAAAAAAUAAAAUAACAAAUAAAAAAUAUACCCUUGAUGCCAUAAACUGGAACAAGAAGUUAAUAUCAGUAAGCUUAAAUACUUAUUUACAAUAUUUAUUAAGUCCACUAUUACAAUAUGCCAAUGUAAAUAUAUUUUUUUCCACUAAUCUCACAAAAUUUGAGUGUGUUUUGACUGUCGUAACAAAGAAAAAAAUCUUACCACUUACAGUGAACAUUUAAACAGGCGAAAAGACACAAAAUCUUCAGCAGUCAUGUCUUCUUCUUGUUUUUAUCAGGCUGUUAUCGCUUUGUGACUUGAAAUGCAAUCAUUGGACUAUAAAUGUUGAGACUUUUUUUGUGUGUCAUUUUGUGCUAUCAGCCUUCAGUAAAGUUUCACAGAAUUAACAAAUGGCGGAUGAAAAUCCCAUCUGAACAGAAACUAAACAGGAUGCACUGACUAAAUUUUUAAAAAUGAAAAAAAUCUAAAUUUAUGAUUAAAAAUUGAUAUUGUUAAGAAAUUUAUCCACAAAAUUAUAUUUCCAUGUUAAAAAUAACUGUGAUAUGUAAAAUGGUUUGAAAAAAAUCAAGUUAUAAAUAAUCCAUCGGUCACUCGUGGUCAAAAAGUCAAUAUACUUACUUAAAACGUACGUUGAGAGUUAAGAGGACGUUUUGGUUGGAUGCCUUCUUCAGCAUCCUAUUAUACAAUUAAAUAAAAAAACAGAUACAUUUUAAACAAAAUAUUUUUUUAAGAGCUCAAAGACAAUGUUCAGAACAGACAGAAUUUUUUUUAACCUGCUACCAGUACCUCUUAAAUAUGAGGAAAUACAGUGCUUACAGCUGGUCAAGGGGCUGCCAUAAUUCUGCUUCAAUCAGCAGUAGAUUAGAAUUACAAUUUGUUUUCCUUGAUUAUUUUGUCUAAAUUAUUUAUAUAUUAUUAUAUUUUUAGCAGAUUAUGUAGUUGUCAUAACUGUUUGCUAUUUUAUUUUAGCUUACAAUGGAAACAGAUGCAGCAAGCAGAGCUUGAGAAUCCAGAUUCUGACUUUGCAAAAGGUUGUUAAUUAGAUUUUGUAACAAAUUUAUACAAGAGUCAAUUAAUUUAAACCCUCACUCAAUGGGUGGUUGUCUUCCGUUUUAAUAUAUUACUGUCCAUAACUAAAGAAUUCUUUAAGUCAAAUGGUCAUACAAAAGAUUAAUGCCUUUUUUGUGUGUAAAAGUAAUUCCUUUCAUUGAAUUUUGUCAUUAAAAAAUAAUUACAAAGAUUGUCAUAAUUUUGGAAAAAAAAGUUGCAAAUCUAAAAUAAAUAUCCUUUCUACUUAAAACAUCUAAAAAAAACAUAAAUUUCAACAAUAUUAUUGCUUAGCAUUUAUUAUACCUACUGAUUUGAAAUCUUUAUUAAAUAAUAAUUAAAACAUUUGCUCAACUAUAGCAACUCCAUCAAGGUCUCACGUUGAACUUCCGUAUUAUUCCAAGUAUUUGCUCAUUGCUGCUUACCUGGCAUCCUACAAUCCUAUGAAAUACGACAGGAGAUUUUUUGCUAAGGUAAAUUUGUUUUUAGUUUUUAAGCAUCCUACCGUUUCUAGGAGAUAAUGGUGUGGUUUUCAUAUCAAUCAUGAUCAUGACUCAAGGAUGGUUCAUGUGAAGUUAGGUCAAAAUACUUUCACCGUAACUGCUGUUAAUUAAAAAGAAGACUAAUUAAAAUUAGAAAGUAUGAUUAGGAAUUAUUUUGCCAUGGAGAUCAAACUUGAACAUGAAUGCGGAUGUUUUAUUGACAUCCUUUUUGUGCACUUAUGGAUAAAUUUUAUUUUUCAUGAACAGCCCACUUUCAAAAAGUGGUUUUUGAACUACAGAUUGUUUUAAGUCAUUUUGACGUUUUGCUUUGGUGAUACUUUAUUUUAAUUGAACAUGGAGCAAUAAAGAAUUAAAAUUAUAUAGAGACUAUAGUUUAUAUUGCCAAGUUAUUUAGAUACUGUCAUAUUUCAUUAUUUUUUUAAGAUUGUGGUGCAGAGGUUUAAGUUGGUAUAGGGAUGUGUAAAAAUUAGUGUUCGUUUAUGGGUUGAAAUUUUGGGGGAGAGGGAAAGUAUAGAAGAAAAAAAGUAACGCAGUAUCGUUUCCAUUUUACCCUGGGUAACAUCUUCUAGAAUGUUUAUAAAAUUCAGCUUCACUAAGAGAAAAACAUGCAUCAUUGACAAAGAAUAUUUUUUUCAAAUAUGUUUGCUAGCUUAAUAUUAUUUAGGUUGUAAUAUUUCUCAAACACUUUUGGCUCUAGUUCUUAAAAUUUAUUUAUUUUAGAAUUCAGGCAAAACCUCAAGAAGAUCUAAGCUUAUCAAAAAGAAUGAACGAGUAAGUAAUAAUUUUGUAUUUGCUUAUUUGUGAUACUGAAAUAAGAAAAGUCAUGCCUCCUCUUAAACUUUUAUGAAAGGUUGUAUUAAAGCUAUUUGUGAAAAUAUUGUUACAAUUUUUAUUUGUGUAAACUCUUUUAUGCUAGCUUUUAUUAUUAUUUAGCUAAUGUUUUAAUAGAAUUGAAAUCAAAAGUAUCUUAAUCAGCAAACUAGUUAAAGAGACUGGUAACAUAGUUUUUUUUUCUUAACUUAUAUUAUCGAAAUGAUUUUUAUUACCAGGCUAGCAAUCAUCUGCUUGGGCCAAAAGUGUUUCCUAUUGAUCGCUUGAUGGCAAUAUUCUACUCCAUUAUUGAAGGAAAUAUCACACCUUCGGCUCAAAUUUAUGUUCAGGUUAGUUAACAUUUUAAAUGCAAAUUACAUAAAAAUUGAGUACAUAACACUUUAGAACAGUGUUGAAGUGCUCAAAAUGGCUCCAGAUAUCUAAGCAAAUCAUAAAUUCAAUAUAAUUUUAAAAAACAGAUUACAAUUAUCCUUAUUUUAAAGUAUUUUCCAGUAAAUUUUUAAAGAAUUGUUAAUGAUUUAUUGAUUAAUUAACUCUGUACAGGCCAAUAUUAGAGAAAUCUGUAGUUUUCACCGGGUGAGAUGGGGGGGAAUCGUAACUUUUUUUAAAAAAAAUAUUUAUUUUUAAUUUCGUUAAAAAUUAAAAUUUAUAUUGUUAUAAAAAGGAUUUAAGUUUUAAAAAUUAAAGUUUUUAUUAUAAUUAUCAUUUUUUAAAUAAAAUUAUUUUUUAAAUUAUCGUGACCGAGACACAUACGUCAUCCAUUUUGUUUUCUUGUUGCGACUCAAAUGGAGCUAGAUCAGUGGUCGGCAAAUCGCUGCUCGCGAUAGCGACCUGAGUGCGUCUCAACCAAUCGGCCACAAAUCCGUUUUGAUUCAGAAAAACAUGGUUCUUGACUGGUUCUUGAAAAGAAAUUUGGCUCUCAAAAUAAUUUUAAUCAUCCUGCUGCUGAUUUUUGCUCUUUUGAUUAAUGAGAUUGCCGACCACUGAGCUACCUGCUUCAAUAAAAAAUAAUUUUAAAAUCUAAAAUACUUGACUGAGAUGAUACCCUAAGUGACUCUUCUGAUGAUUGGGAUACAGAUCAAUAUGAAAAAACAUCAGAUGAAGAUGUGGAUGUUUUUUUACCUAGACAAGCACAGUGUCAAACAAUGUAAGUCUAGGUAUUUACUGAAUUAGGCAAAUAAAAUUAACAUUUCUAAAUAAUCUGUACAACAAAAUACAUUGUGCAGUUAAAUAAUAGGUUCCUAGUAAUAGUUUUACAAUAUUGUACCGGUAAUGAUAAUUUUUAUUUUCCAAUCGUGUUUUGGCUUAAAAAAAUGUGUAAAAAGCGUUAUUUUACACAAUUUGCCGAUUAAAAAGCUGAUUUUAGUUUUCAUUGUUUUUAUCAUUUGCCUAACCCUGAGUAAAUAAUGCAGACCUGUUUACUCUUACGAUUUUGGCGUACAAUGUACGAUUUUGAGAUGUCUUUUACGAUUGUACGCCGAGACCCGCCAAAACUAUGAUUUUCAGAGAGCCGGUGAAAAAAAAAAAUUUUCCGAUUAAAAUUCGUUUGUUGAAGUUUUAGCCUUUUCCAAUAAAAAUCUGGCAGUGAAUGAAACGAGAAAAACGAUUGGUUGUAUUUUUUUUUAAAGUUGGGGCCAUCCUUCAUUAUAUUAUGUGCGCACUGAAAGGGGAGGUGGGGGUUGUUAAUGAAGGAGAGCUGCGGCAUACAGGACACAUGGGUGGGGGUUGGUCGGAGUGUCAAAGGUUAUAAAAAUAUCACCGCAAAGUAUCGUAUUGAUGGUGAUGAUUGUCAUAGUGUUGCUUUGUGUGUCACACUGACCUAGUUAGCUGCGUCACCGGUAAUAUUUAUACUAUUCACUGCCAUCCCCUUUGACUGCUACCCAGCGUGUGACGUAGUUUUGUUCCCUUGAACCGCGGCGAUUGUGAAAACGGGGAAAACUAGAGACGAUAUGGUUUUAAAAUAAAAUACAUGAUCCCACUGUUACUGCACUGGAACGUUGGAUGUGGAAUUUUUUUCAGGGAGGGGGGGGGGGGGGGGGGGGGGUUGUGCCCAGGGAAAUAAUUAUGUCACCAGCACGGAAAGACGAAUUACUGACUACAGUGUGUUAUCAAUAUGUCAUGUUCAAUUUUACAACUACAGCGAUCUCUUAUGAAAACACAAAGCAUUAGUAGCUUAUAUGAGUAGGCAUGUAUGCUUACUGCGAAAUAUUGUAAUAUUUCUUAUAGCCUUGAUAAUAUUAAUAAUAAAAGGCCUAAUUAAAAUUCACAGAUUUUUAGAUGACAGUUGGCUCUAUAAGAGACUGUCAGGAUAAUUAUUGUAUGCAUAAAUGUAGGUGCAGUCUAUUUACCACCCCCCCCAAUCAAAUCUGUCAUACAAAUCCUCAGCGUGUACAUAAUACGUAAUAGUUAGAUGGCCCUUUGUUUUACGUAAUAGUAAGAUGGCCCUUUGUUUUACGUAAUAGUAAGAUGGCCCUUUGUUUUACGUAAUGGUAAGAUGGCCCUUUGUUUUACGUAAUAGUUAGAUGGCCCUUUGUUUUACGUAAUAGUAAGAUGGCCCUUUGUUUUACGUAAUAGUAAGAUGGCCCUUUGUUUUACGUAAUAGUAAGAGUAAGAUUGCCCUUUGUUUUACGUAAUAGUAAGAUGGCCCUUUGUUUUACGUAAUAGUAAGAUUGCCUUUUGUUUUACGUAAUAGUAAGAUGGCCCUUUGUUUUACGUAAUAGUAAGAUGGCCCUUUGUUUUACGUAAUAGUAAGAUGGCCCUUUGUUUUACGUAAUAGUUAGAUGGCCCUUUGUUUUACGUAAUAGUAAGAUGGUCAUUUGUUUUACGUAAUAGUAAGAUGGUCAUUUGUUUUACGUAAUAGUAAGAUGGUCAUUUGUUUUACGUUGACAAGGUGCGGCUGGGGGGGGGUAUAAAUAUUUAUACAACUUUUUAAUGUUUAUUUUGCGUACCACAUAUGUUAUGCAUGAAUGUCACAUUUCCCAAACAGCUUUGGCGUUCAAAUUUGGCUACAUUGACGGGGUGCACAUUGCCUGAUUUUAAUGUUACCAUUAAUGGAAUCAGCUAUCCUUUUUAUUUUCGGUCCCCUAGUUUAAUUUACUUAGUGAGUAUUUUACGAUAUGGCCUCGACAAAAAGAAAUGCACGCGAAACCGAUGACGAAGAAGAAACUUCUACUUCUACCGAUAAACAUCAGCUUCAACAAAAGAUAAAGAAAGUUGAUAGUCUUGCUUGAAUAUGAGACACAAUUUACUGUGUUGAGGUCUUCAUAGAAGGGUCCAUCAUACGCACUGCACAUUCUGCAGUAGCAAUCAGAGGCAAAAUGAGUUGUGUGGAUUUAGGAGAUAGUGUGUAUGGUGCGGGUCUAAAUAUUUAAAUCUAUAAAAUCAACUCCACCACCUACAUUUUAGUAAUGUCAGUUUGUGGGGUGUGGAAAGGGCGGGGGGGGGGGAUAUUCCUCGGCAGAAAGUAGGCCUACAUGCGGUAUUUAAAAAUACUACAAUAUUCAGCCCGAAACUCUGAAAAUCCUAAAAUAGCACAUUGAUAUUUACCAGCCUACGUUUGCAGGAAUUACCGUCGUGAUGUUGUCAAGAUGUAUUUUCACAAAUGAACUUGCUAGCUAUACCUAAACUCAGUAUUAGAGAAAUUACAGUAAUGUUUAGUCCAUCGAAUGGUAAGGCCACGUGUUACGUAUAAUUCGGUGGGCUACGCCAGUGGUUCUAAAAUUUUCGUUUCCCUGCGCCUAUGCCACACUACGUUUUCACCAGGCUCCCUGUGUUGAAUUCUAUCAUGUACAAUUCGAAAUAGCGAAUACACAAAUAAAAUAAGGGUUGGAUAAAAAUAAAUAUAACGUGUAUGUAGGUCACUGAGCGCCAUCUGGAACUGCAAACAGCAAUUGCUUAGUGGGUUACUGUUUGCACCACGACCGAAAGUUGUCACAUUGGUUUAAAAGUGAAAAUAAAAUAAUGAAUUCUUAAAAAUAUUUCGCAACGCCCCGAUGAGGAAGCCGCAGCCACCGAGGGCAACGAGCACCCAAGGCGAUGUGGCGUUUAUUCUGGGAACCACUGGGCUGAAUCACCAGUAGUGAAAACCCGUGUCACAUUUUGUUUACUGUAACAUCAUAAUAUACAAUGGAUUUUGUUAAGUUUAUGGGGGGGGGGGGGGGGCUGGGCUGGUGUUUUAAAGCUCACUGUAACAGACACACAAAAAGGGGUGGGGGGUCCCAAUUCGUUACCGGGUAAUUCAUUCUUAUUUUAAUACAUUUUAUUUUUAUGCUUAUCUGACGUCAAGUUUUAAUAUGUAUUAGCCGAUACACGUCUGCUAAACAAAGUGACCGCAGUUUGCCGUUAACGUCAGUCAUCUACUGUUUACCUACAGUUCCAUAUUUUGACGCCAGCUCAGCUCGAUUCCACUGAACACGCUAUAGGAGUAGUUAUUGUAUGCAUUAUAUUUACUGUAUUUUUAUUUAUUUACUAUCAAAUACUGCAUUGUACGAUUUUGAGAUCAUAUUGUACGAUUUUAGGAGUUUGGGGGUAAACAGGUCUGAUAAUGGAAGUUAUUAAUUUAUUCUUUUUAAAAUAUGUUAUUAGGUAGUUUAUUUCAUAUAGCCUUAUAGUUAUAUAAAAAAAGAUAAUUUUUAAAAAAAUUCUCUAAUCAGUGCAGAUAAUAAAUUGCCAAUUGAUUUGGAUUGAAAAAAACAUAUAAAGAUGUUAACCAGGGACUCCCGCAGGUCAUAACUAAAUUUAUCCACAAAAGAUAACAUGGUCUCAAUAUUCUGGAAUCUGAAAAGCAGGCAACAAGAAAUUAGAUACAAAAACUGAAAACUCCAGGUAAGAAAAAUUUGAUACUGUAAUUGCAGUACUAAUGAAUGAUAAUAAAGGCUAUUGGCCUAAUAUUUAGAAUUUUAUGCUUGCAAAAAAAUACGUCCCUUUUCUUAUCCUAAAAGUAUAUAACAAUUUGUAUGGACUAUUGCAAUGCUCUCAUGGUGGGUCUUCCAGCUACGCUCCUGGAUAAAAUUCAAAUAGCACAGAAUAAUGCGGCUCGCAUUGUUCUCCGCAAACGCAAGUUCGACCAUGCAAAAACACUUCUGAGAGAGCUGCACUGGCUGCCGGUGCGUGCUCGCAUAGAGUACAAGAUCGCAACGUUGUGCUACCGCUACUUACAUGACCUGGCGCCGUCCUAACUGAAAGAGCUGCUGACGCCUUAUGUACCCACUAGAGAGCUCCGCUCAUCCGAUAGUGGCAAACUCUCGACACCACGUGUUUGCCUUGAGACUUACAGAAAGCGCACUUUUGCAUUUGCUGGUCCAACAAUUUGGAACGCCCUUCCUGUCGAUCUCAGACACAACCAGACACUGGAGUCCUUUAAAACAAAUUUAAAGACACAUCUAUUUCGCAAACACCAUCUGGGAUGAUUGUCAACCUUAUUUUCCAGUUAAUGCAUAAUGGCUGUGUUGCUUAUUGUUGAAAUGGCUAGAAAGACUUUGCCAUUGUAUGCUUGUAAUUAGUUUUUGUAGUGUUGCGUUUGUUUUAAAUGUGGUAAAUUAUAGAUUUGUUUUUUGUUGACUUUGUACCGCGCUUCGAGCCUUUGGGGAUGAAGCGUGUUUUUGAAAUGAACUUUAUUAUUAUUAUUAUUAUUAUUGCUAUAAUAUUGUUAUAUUUGUGUUAGAUCGAUAAAUUCUGCUUUUUUGUCAUGCUAACCUGCAAUUUACAAAUAAAGUAUUUAUCGUCCACGGGAAAUUUCUUCAAACCCUUUUUUGUCAGGAGAUCAUGUUGAAAAUUUGUGACUACAGCAAUGCUUAUGCCAACCUCAUGAGAGAAGAAAAACAGUAUCUCUAUACUUACUGGAAGAAAAUAACACCUACAGAAUUCUACCUUUGAUUUUGUUUACUUGUGUACAUGAGCCUUAUUCCAUGCUGUUGUGUUACUGACUUGAAAAGAGAUAGUGUCAGACUGACUCGUAGACUGUGUUUGUAUUUGUUUAGGCCUGAUUUAGUCAUGUAAGGUAUUAUUUUAUGCCUGAUUUAGUCAUGUAAACUCUAGCUUUAUUAUUAUUAUUUUCUACUUAUUUAAUUUUUAUUAAAAUUUCAAUCAUUUUUUUUUUAAUUAUACAAAUUAGUAGUUAUAAUGUACUUAAAUGUAUUUGUAUUAAAUAUGGACUUUUCAAUAUUAAAAAAUAGGUUUUAAGCUUUGUAUUUGAAUAAUUCUGCAUGCUAAGAUCCCAUGUCUAGUUAUAUGUAAAAACACUAUUUACGCAUGUUUUGUAAAAAGAAAACUAACCUUUGUAUUUGUAAAAUUCUUUUAAUUUUAAUUUGCUGAAUUAGAUUCCAAUAAAUAUCAAACUAUUUCUUCCAUAGGUUUUUCUUUUCCUUCUUCCGUGAUGUUGUUUGUGUAAACAAGUUGCUAAAAUGUAAAAUGAUUUUCACAUAUCAAUCAUGAUGUAAGAAAACACACAAUCAUUUUCAAGCACAUUUUAUAAAAUUUCUAUCCCCAUUCAUUUGUGAACUAACAUGAUGGGUUUUUAAUAACUAUUGACCUAAAAAAAAAAUGAAAAGAACAACAAAAACAUUGGCCUGUACAGAGUUAAAUUAAACUUAAAUGGGUAGACAAUUACGUGUGAUAAACUGCGAACACUUUCCUGCCUAAUGCACCAAAAGUGCUCUUCUAGUUUUCUACAUGAGCCCACACAGUAAUGGUCGCUAACUUUCACUUCUAAUUUAUAAUUUAAAGUUUUUCUCUAUAUAUAACUUUUUAAAAAGCCAUAUUGCUUAAUAUAAUCCUUUUUUUUAAGUAGAUUGUAGUAUAGUGUUCAAGUACAUGUAGUAUAGUGUUCAAGUACAUGUAGUAUAGUGUUCAAGUACAUGUAGUAUAGUGUUCAAGUACAUGUAGUAUAGUGUUCAAGUACACUUGAAGAUGUCAUUAAAUUUUGCUAAGUCAUUUUUUUUUUCUUCUCCAGAUCAGUUCAUUAGUAAGUCUCCAUCUGUUAACCCAGGUGGGGGGUGAAGACAGGAUAGCUACUCCAAAAUAUAAGUGUAUGGUAAACUUGGACUUCAUUAGAUCUAUAGCUAAGUAAGUCUUUGAUGUUGUCAAUCAAAAUCAUAAUUUGGGAUCACAACAGUUAUAAAUUCUUUAAAUUUCUUUUAAAAAAUAACGUCAGCCGCAAAAAUCUAAACAGAAAAAUGGCUAAUUGAAUUUCUUCUUAGCACAUAUUUUUGUGACCAGCACUUUCCAGUCAUCUGACUCGCCUUACUACAUAGUCUAAAGGCUGCGACUAUUCGCACCCGGGUAGGAGAAGUGAGAGGUUGGGAUUAAAAAAACUAUUUAAAAUAUUAUUGUUGAGUUUGUAAGACAAAAUGAGACAUCAAAUGAAAGACAACUGAAUGGACUAUAUGUGUAUAAACUUACUUCUUCAGUUUAACUAACAUAAACUACCACAAAUGACAUCCGAAUGGCAUUGGUCUAAUGUGACCCGGGUGCGAAUGAUGUCACUGCUAUUUUGAUGUCAUUAGUGAUAGUUUAAUUUAGUUAAACUGAAGAAGUAAGUGUACAAAGUCUUACAAACCCAACAAUAAUAUUUUAAAUAGUUUUUAAUCCCAACCUCUCCCUUCUGGUACCCGGGUGCGAAUAGCCACUUUGUAGUCUAAAAUACCCUCAAUAUUGAGUUUUUUAAUUAAAAUUUAAUCUUAAUUGUGUUUUGAAAGAAAGAGAAAAAAAAUCUGAAGUGCCCAUCACUCUUAUCAAUGCUUAUUGCUCAAUAAAUUUUUUUAAAAUGUAAUUUUAUAAAAACAUAUGUUGUAUUUUUAUUAAAAUGCAACUAAAUUAUUUUUUAUCUUUUUGCAAGUGACUUCUUUUACCCUUCCCUUAACUUAAUUAUGUUCAGCCUUUGAAUAGUUCAUAUAAGAUUAGGUUUUUUUCCAAUUUUUUUCAGAACUGUCCAUUUUGAUGUUAUGAGAUACCUCUAUGAUUUCUUGUGAUAAGUGAAGGAAAAAUAGGGAAUCUGAUAGAUGGCAAGCUGUUGUUUGAUUAAAUUUUUAUUUUAAUAAUAUUUUUAUUUAUUUAUGUUCUUUGAAAACUUGUUACAUUACAUUGAAAUGUUUCCACUAAAAUAAAUAGAAUACACUUCAUUUGUGUCAGUUUUAGUUCUUCUAAUUAAAUUGAGUUAUAAAAGCAAAUUGAUAAAUAUUA